AUGUCCGCCUUAACCUCCAAAGGCUACACCAUCUCCACUCUCAAAAACAUCCUCUCCCUCCACGUCCUCCUCGAUUACUUCGGCGCCAAGAAACUCCACCAGAUCGGCGGCGGCUCAGCUCUCGCCGCCACUCUCUUCCAAGCCACCGGAGCUGCUCCCGGAACCACAGGAUUCGUCAGUAUAACGAUGCUGAGAGGCGGCAAGGUCGGCUUCCGUCCCGACGGCGGAGAUAUGUCUUCCUUCUUCGUCAAGUCAAUCAAAGAAGUUCCGUACAACAUCUCCGUUAUACAGAUCAGUAGAAUAUUGCCGUCGGAUAUUGCUGCGCCGGCUCCGACUACGGCUCCGGCGGAGAUGAACAUCACGGGGAUCAUGUCGGCUAAUGGCUGUAAAGUGUUCGCCGAGACUCUUCUGUCGGAGCUUCAAAAACCUAUCAGGUGCUUACUAAACCCUAAUCAAGAGAGUGUAGAAGGAGGCAUGACAGUGUUCUGUCCAGGAGAUGACGCAAUGAAAGGAUUCUUGCCCAAAUACAAGAACUUGACUGCUCCAAAGAAAGAAGCUUUCCUCAGUUUCCUCGCUGUCCCGACCUAUUACUCAAUGGCCAUGCUCAAAUCCAACAAUGGUCCGAUGAACACACUUGCCACAGAUGGAGCCAACAAGUUUGAGCUCACUGUACAGAACGAUGGAGAGAAAGUUACUCUCACGACAAGGAUCAACACUGUCCAGAUUGUUAACACUCUGAUCGACGAGCAGCCAUUGGCUAUCUAUGCGACAGAUAAGGUUUUAUUGCCUAAAGAGCUGUUUAAGGCUUUGGCCGUUGAAGCUCCGGCUCCUGCCCCGGCACCAGAGGAUGGCGAUGUUGCGGAUGCUCCUAUACCGGCUAAAGGGAAAGCCAAAGGGAAGAAGAAGAAGGCUGCACCGUUGCCUGAUGAUUCUUUUGGUGAGUCCCAUUCACCUGCGGAAGGGCCUGAUGGAGAUGCGGAUGAUGAGAGUGCUGAUGAAGCCAGUGCGGUUAGGAUCGUGGGGGGAGCUAAGGCUGGUUUUGUGGUUGGCUUGCUCUGCAUGUUUGCUUCUUCUUGGCUUAUAUAG